CAGGGUCAGGGAAGUACAGUCUGCCUACUGCUAAUCCUAGGAGGAGGGCUGUGGACAGCAUUUCUCACGGGACAUAAUUGAGCCACUGACUGAAAUUACAGACCCUUCAAAUUAUGUGCUGGCUUUUCGACGAUAAGGCUUUUGUUUCAGUUCUUUAUCCCUGUAUAGAUUUGCAACGGUUAAGAAAAUCGCUGUAGGAAACCAGAGGGGACUGAGUGAAGCAGAUCACCAUGUGGAGCAAAAGCAACCAUAACAGCAGAAGCAUUCAUGGAUAUAGUUGGCACUUUUAACCAUUUGAUUCCCAGUGACCAGUUGGAAGACUCCCUACUCCUUGGACAGAACUUGGAGUGUGAAGCAAGUGAUGAGUUUGCGUCUGGUCACAACAUACUAGAAGACUCACUCAAGAACAUGCUCAGCGACAAGGAUCCUAUGUUCGGAUCUGCUAGCGCCCAGUUUCAUCUCUUGGAAAAUGAUGAUGCAAAUUAUCAGAUGCCCAACUCAACAGUUCCUGGCAAUGACAUGAACACUCCAGGCAUUAGCCAGACUUCAGCUCCCGCGGACGCGAGUCAGUCCAGGUUUCCCCGGGGUAGGAGGAAAGGUGCCGCUCCACUGCAGAAGAAACCCACAGUGGGCAGAGGUAGGGGCAGGGGGAGAGGUGGACACACCAGGUGUCCAGGUCCGUUGAGAGGAGUAUCUGCAGAGACACCUGGGAGAACCCUUGGCAGGAGAAUUGUGGCAAAGCCUAGUCAAGAGCUACCGUCGAGCAGCAAGUCAUUGGCUGACAGUUGUGCAGAGAAAAGGGAGGCCUUGCUCAGCCGUCGCUUUAACGUUCAUGAGGUUGACCCUUCGAUGAAUCCUGUGGUUGUAUUGAGACGACUGACCGUCACUGUCGGGGGUUACAAAAUCGAACUGUUGCCCGGGCCUUCUCAAACCUCUGGAUCAUUUAAUACAGGAACUCUCCAGGCUCUGAGUUUUCAGAACAAUUCAGUGACCACUGACAGCAUUAGGUUUGACCAGGCUUUCACUGAGGAGCAAGCACCGGGGGCUAUGGGAGAGCUCAAUGCCGGCCAGCACGGAGCCAACAACGUGCCUAUGGAAUUUGGACCGUAUGUGAAUCCGAACGACGUGCAAGAUGCCAACGGUGCAUUGUCCCUCAAGGCCAGCACGACAGAGGCAACUGCGGACACCAAAGUCAGUGACCAAAACGCCACCACUAAGGUAGGUCUCUACAAGUCGCAGAACAAAAAUGGCCCGGUGGAAAAGCCCGUCACCAAAAAGCUACUGAAACCUAAGCAGCCACUGUCUAUAACCAAAAAUAAGCGUGCACACCUCACCAGACCGGGCGUUCUGUUGAAAGGGUCCAAACAUCUCAAACUGCAAGACAAAAAGGUCUGUAAAGCUACAGCAGAAAAUCUCCAACAUGUCAAAGGCAAACUGGUUGGUGGGGGCCUGAAGCGACAUGCUGCGUUGCUCACACCAAAACCAGCCUCAAAAUCACCACAGGUGCAAGUUGGUCAUCCUGAGAAAUCAAAUGCCAACUCUUCCAUCGGGCACUCUGCCCCGACCAGCAGAAAGGCGUCUUCCGACUCCAGUCUUGGUGCUAAGGCGGGCUUGAAUAAACCUGCUCAUGCUCUGAAGAAGCCACAAAAUCUGCCUACGGCAGUGCUCAAACCGAAUCAAUCCGCCAAGGAUGGCCCAACACAGGAGGAGCCAGAGAAGGCCAAGAUCAAGAAGCCAGAGAAGAUCUUGCAGAGGCAGAAGAGCCGGAACUCCAGGAGCGUUUCUCUGGACGAGCCCGAGCUGUUCAUCCCUGACAAUGCCCCUGUGGCAAAGAAGGGACCUGCAGAGGGGGAGCCCCCACCAGCCCCCGAAAAUGAGACCGCAUGGGAUUCCAGCAAACAAUGUGGAUUAUGCAUGAAGCCUCAUAGUAAUAGGUUCAUGGUGGGCUGCGGACGCUGUGAUGACUGGUUCCAUGGUGACUGUGUGGGGCUGGACCUUGCUAAAGUGCAACAGAUGGAGAAGGAUGACCAAGAGUAUGUAUGUCUGAAGUGCUGCGCCAAUGAAGGCGGGAAAGCGGAGGCGCAGACUACGGCCCACUCAGACAGCAAGUCCCCUGCCCGACCAAAACAUGGGGCUGAACCGUCCGUCACGUCAGGUGGAAUACGUCCCUUUCGGAAAGACUCGGGGGAUAGAAGACCAUCAGUGGAUUCGGUGACGAAAAGUGGCAUAAAUGUAAAACAAGAGGUCAAAAAGGCAAAAGUGUCUCCUGCAAGCCUGAAGAAACCGUCCACUGGACAAAUCAGAAGGAGCGUUCGGGAUUCGCUAGAGGAGAUUCUUGUGAAACGGCUGAAGGAAUCAGACAUGAAGGUUUCAUCAGAGAAACCAGCUGAGCUGGCAAAGAGGACAGAAAAAGAGCUUUUUGCCCUCUUCCAAGGUGUCGAUAGCAAGUACAAGAACAAAUACCGAAGCUUAACAUUCAAUCUCAAAGAUACAAAGAAUAAUGUGUUAUUCAAGCGUGUUCUCAAGGGUGAAAUUUCACCUAGAGAUUUAGUUCGUAUGAGUGCAGAAGAACUAGCCUCCAAAGAACUGGCUGCUUGGAGGCAAAGGGAAAACAGACAUACAAUUGAAAUGAUAGAGAAAGAACAGAGAGAAGCUGAGAGACGGCCAGUUACCAAAAUCACACACAAAGGGGAAAUUGAAAUUGAGAAUGAGGAACCUGCAAAAGCCCCUGAAGCCAUAGAGGCCAUGUCUGAUCCGGUUCCUAAAACUGUUGAGGUAUCAGAAGAAAAACCACCAGACUUGAAGGCAGAGAGCCCCAAGAAAGUUAAAGAUACUACAAGUUUGCACAAGUCUCAUCUCUUUGACCUCCACUGCAAGAUAUGCACAGGUCGAAUGGCUCCACCAGUGGAGGAGGCCACUACUAAAGUUGUGAAAGUUGCAACGACAGUACUUAGGAGGCAGUCCAUGGCCACAGAAGGAGACAACCAGCAGACCACACCUAUAUCUUCACCUGCAGCUUCAGCAGCAUUGGUGGAUGACUUGUCUCUGAGAGCCAUGGAAGAAGGUCUUCUCAACUCCAGCAUUUUUCCAGCUUAUGAGUCAAGGUCAGAAAGUGCAAGUAAUAAAGAAGAUACUGUUACAUUCCUAGCCAAUUUAGAGAGCUUAUGGAAUGGAUAUGUAGUCAUGCCAGCUGUAGCCCGGUUCCUUACAAAGGCUUACCCAGUCUCUGGAAUACUGGAUCAUCUCACUGAGGAUCUGCCAGAUAGCAUCCAGGUUGGUGGAAGAAUCUCACCCCAAAUUGUCUGGGACUACGUAGAGAAAAUACGUGCCUCUGGUACAAAGGAAAUAUGUGUCGUCCGCUUCACCCCUGACACAGAAGAAGAUGAAAUAUCAUACACCUUGCUGUAUGCCUAUUUUAGUAGCCGCAGGCGAUACGGGGUUGUUGCCAACAACCGCAAACAAGUUAAAGACAUGUAUCUCAUCCCCCUCAGCACCACUGAAAAAAUCCCACACCAGAUUGUUCCAUUUGAUGGUCCAGGGUUGGAGACAAACCGUCCAAACCUUCUCCUGGGACUAAUAAUUCGCCAGAGACCCAAAAGGGACUUUGGGGUCAUCCUAUCAAGUGAUGUUAGUGAAGCUCCAAGUUUCUUGCCAGAGAACAAACCUCAGGUAGACCCUGCCCAGAAAACUGUGGUGGGUCGAGAUGAAGAAAGAAACUUUAUCAGCACUCUUGGACGGAUACACAAAAAGGACGCCGUGGCCGUAAUCAAGUCGACCACUGAUGAAACUCUGUUGGAGAUGGAGGAUGAUGAAAAUGUCUCCCUGCGUUUCCUCCCUGGCGUACUAACACAGCCCACAGCUGGGAAAAAUCCACUUGCAGGUGAUGAUGGAAAGAGCACAAGCAGCAGUGCAGUCAGUCAUUCGUCUACUGCAGACGGUUCCACCUUGGGAAGCGUCACCGCCAGAACGCCCACCGCCCCCAGACUGGAUCGUUUCAUCAUCAAGAAGAAAGAGUCCAAACCUGUCAAAACGGAGCAUGAGCCAACCGGCUCAAGUAAAGAAACGGGCUUGCAAGGGAAGGAGAAAGAGAGUGGAGUUGUGUUCUCGCUGAAGAAUAAGCCAGGAGACGUCUCAACCGAGAUGUUCCUCUCCAGUCUUUCCACCACUCAGCCAAAGACCGAGUCCAUCAAUGACGAAACAAAAGGUGACGCCAAUGCGCACCCCAGUCAAGAAACAAAUGUACUUCCUGGAGCUAGUUCAGCUUUAUCAGAAGACUCUGCUAAUAGCAGCACUAGGGCUGAUGCUAAGAUUGAAACUAUGGCAAGCCCUACCAAGACUCAAAAACCACUUGCAUCUGGCAUUUUGAAAAAGACCAGUUUAUCAGAAGCUGGCGACAGCACGCAGCUGGCAUCAGAGACAGAUGUACCCCAGCUAAAAGUCAGCCAACCAGCAACUUCACAGCCAUUAGCACUGUGUUCACCUGUACCGUCAUCACCAGUGACGCCGUCAGCACCUGCAAAGCCACUAUCAGAGUUUAAGGCUGUGGAAGAUAUUCAGACCAUCAGCACAAUCUCCUAUACUGGAAAAAACGAAGGCCAAAAGCAGUCAAGGCCACGUCUUGUAAGCCCCACUCCAUUCAAUACUGGGGGCCAUGGACCUCCACCAUCCCCAAUUCCUCCAUAUCAUACUGGGGCACCUGACCAUGUGUACUCACCUGGACCAUUGCCCACCUACGCACCCCAGUCCGGCCCAGGACCUUUUAGACCCCUGGCUCCUCCACCGUUCAGUUACCAUCCUGGUCCACCUCCUCCAAUGAUUUUCCCCCAGCCUGACCCUCAAAAUCAAUUGCAUGCUCCACCUUGGACUCAGCCAGCCCCUUCCCAGGGUUGCUUUCCCCAACCUGUCCCAGAGGUGGUUGCUGGACCUCCGCUGUCCUACACGACACGGAGGUUCCCAGAUUCCACUUUGCCGACCCCGCCGCCCUCGAGCAAGGGUGAGAAGGGCCCAGAGCUGAACUACGAGGAGCUGUGGGAUAGACAGCCCAAACGGUCGGAGGAACCCUUCAAGAAGGAUGAGCGGGACCACUACGGGAGACACCGGCACAAGAGUCGGCACCAAGAGGUGGAGAAGCACCGUGCCCGCAGCCGGAGCUGGACCAAAAGCAGGAGCCGAAGCAAGAGCCGGAGCAAGAGCCACAGCCGGAGCCGGAGCCGGAGCCGGAGCAGGAGCAGGAGCAGGAGCAGGAGCAGGCAUAGCCACAAGAGCAGACACUCGCGAGAGGAGAGGCACAGCGAGAGGAGAAAAGAACGGCAUCACAGUAGUCAUCACAAAGACAAACGCAGAUCACGAGAUCAGGAGAAACACAGGAGAGACUCAAGGGACAGACACUCGUGAUCUCUGUACUUGGCCUGGCUACAUUUGUUCAACGCUGUCCAGCCUUUUUUUAAUUUUUUUUUUUAAUAUUUUAGUACAUUGUAGAAGAACGUUAUUUAUAACAUUCAAAAGCAGCUUUUUUUUUUUUUAAAUAAUUUUAGGUUUUAGUUGGUUGUUCUGAAUUCAGAAUGCAAGAUCAUUUUCCUUGUGUUAAAGAAUAAAUUGCAACCCAAGGUCAUAGACAGAAGCAGGUUUUCCUAUAUUAUUAUUGAUUACAAGACAUUUUGACUUUCAACUACUGUUUUUUGAAAGGACAAAAGUAACAGCGAAAUGUAUGUCUUGAAAAUACUUGUCCUCUGCCUUCUCAUCUGUUUUUAAAUAGCUUCUUAAAUAUUUUCUAUUUGUGUGAAAUGACAGAUAUGGUCUUUGUACAUUUUUGUUUGUCAUACAUUAGAGAGAAAGUGUGCGGUCUGCACAUUUGUUUAUGUACAGUUCAUAAAAUCUUUUUAUUGUUGAGAAAAAGAUAAUAAACUUUGUUAAUGAAAGACAGUGGUACAAUAUUAAUUAACUAAGCAUGGGGACAAAAAGAAUUCUGCACAAAUUAAUCAGACAUGAGUUAAAUGAAGAGGAUCUGUUUUAUUUUUACAUGUAUAGGUUAUGUAUUACAAAUGUAGGACUAUAGAAGGGGAAAAAAAAGAACAGCCAAUGAAUGUAUAAAUUUAACAUGCCGGUAGCAUCCAGAAUUGACAAAGCAUUUAAUUUGUAAAGUCUGCUACAAUGAUUUGUUUAGUGACAGAUCAUCUGCAGAACGUUCACUAAAAUGACCAUUGUGUAAACAAUGUCUCAAAAUCCUGAGAUUUUAAGCACAGCCAAUCCAAAUGUUAAAGAAAGGCUGGCAAAAUUUCCCCUUGCAGUUUCAUUUACAUAGCUUUAUUACAAGAGGUAGGCACUGUAUUUAGAAUGUAAUGUUUUCACAAUUUAUGAAGGGAUCUGACUGGUGUAAGGAGACCUUUUUACUUUCUUUUUUUGUUGAUACAAAUUUGGUAAUGUCCGACACUAAACCGCUUUCAGGACUGCUGGUUGUUGGUUAGUGUUACUCUGCACUAAUUCUGAUUGUUUAAAAUUAAAUUGCAAACUCAAGUGA